CGGCGGUGGGAAGCCCGUGGACCAAUACCCGCGCUCCAUGUGUUGCUAAAGUCAAAGGUGAAAGUUAACGCUUGUUUUAAAACCGAGUAAAGAUGGCGCCGCUGUUUUGGGGGAGUUGGCAAUGAUUUGCAAUCGUUCUGGGAAAGUAACUGCUGAGCGGGCAACCUGGCUUCCCCCUCUUUCCUUCAAUGUGACAUUUCGAUCAGACCCGUUUUCAUCUAGUUAAGCAGCUGUGUGGUUUGGUGUGGCUUGGCCCUGCGCUUGCACAGGGGAGGCGAUGGCCAUGGCGGUGUUUGAGCUGGUGUGGCGGCUGCUGCACGCCUUGCUGUGGCUGCAGCGGACCCUGGGCGCCUGGCUCCGCCGUGGAAUGUGCGCCUGGGCGCGGUGGAACGCGGCGCUGCUGGCGCGCGGCUCCCAGGACACCCGCAACAAAGGACAGAGCCGCCGCGCGCGCUGGCGGGCGGACGGGCGCGGGCUGAAGAAGCUGCCGCUGCACCUGGGGCUGGUGGUCACCGAGGAAGAGAGCAGCUACACCGACAUCGCCAGCCUGGUGGUCUGGUGCAUGGCCGUGGGCAUCUCCUAUGUUAGCGUCUAUGACAACCAAGGUAUUUUCAAGAGAAACAAUUCCAGGCUUAUGGAGGAAAUCUUAAAACAGCAACAAGAAUUAUUGGGUCUGGAUUCUUCAAAGUAUUCUACUGAAUUUUUAAAUAGUACCAGGAAAGUUGAACAAGUUUUAUGUUGUCCGACCACAGUGAAAGUGCUUUCACCUGAUGAUGGGAAAGCCAAUAUAGUGAAAGCUGCUAAGACGUACUGUCAAUUAGUUGCUCAACAGCAAAGAAGGUCUACUGAUCUAAAUGUUAAUAUCAUGGACAGUUUACUUAGAGGUUCUUCAGGUUUACCUGACCCAGAUCUAGUUUUGAAAUUUGGACCUGUGAGCAGCACACUUGGUUUCCUGCCUUGGCACAUCAGGCUUACUGAGAUUAUAUCAUUGCCUUCUCACAUCAACUUAAAUUAUGAAAGGUUUCUUUCUGCCCUCCAGCAGUUUGCAGCUUGCGAGCAACGAAUGGGAAAAUGACCGAGUCAACAUGGAAUCAGUUCCAGGCUUUAGUCAAAGGGACCUAAAAUAUCCAAUGUUUACAAGCACCUGUGAACUAUGGAAGCCCAGUUCAGUGUCUUUCCGUAGCAACUGAGGAUAAGAACAUGUCUUUGUCCAAAUCUUAGUUGUGUAAAUGUCUGUGAGGGUCAAUCUGUUAUUUAAAAUAAACGAGCAAGGUUAUCUUUGACAAUAAUUCAGGCUUUUCUCAAAUGGGACCUUUUAUAUAAAAAUGAAGUUGUGUUCAAAGGAUUAUCAUUGGACUUCUUCCUUGGAUGAUAUGGAUGAGUAAUUUAUCUACAAUGCCUUGCACUAAUUGAGUGUACAAUAAAUGUAUAAAUCAUAUUCCUAUUUUAAAGUAACAUUUUAAUGCAACAUGUCAAUAUUUGAUUAAUUUUAGUUAGCCUUCAACAAAAUGUGACCUCUGGUGCACUCUUUAAUUUGUUUAAAAGCAGCACCCCCUUUUCCCACAUGCUUUAAGUGCGUGUAUAAAACAGAGUAUUGUAAAGUCAGAGAUUGCACUAUUCCAUUGUAUCAUUAUGAUAUGGAACUUGGUUUGUACUUGUUCUCUGUGGUGCAAUGGCAAAAUCAUGGGCUAGUUACCAUUCUGACAGAUGUUUUGUAGACCAAUGUGUGAUUCGGUAUUAAAUGCAGGAUAAAACCAAACUAAGGCAAAAAAUUGCCCUCUGAAUGUUGUUGCUAUUGAAGCAUGCCUUUAGUCUUCAUUUUACUCUGCUUUUCUCAAUCUUGUGGGACAGAUGUAUCUCCAAUUAGGUGUUGGGUGAGGGGAUCUGUUUGAAUGCCAAAUACUUUAUGUAUAAAAAAAAUGGAUACCUAAGAACUGUAAAAGAGCAAACUAAAAAUGAAGUUUGAUGGGUAUGUUAUCCAAUGAAGGGAUGCUGAUUGUAACUGACUCGGUUUUAUUCUUAUAUUGGCAUAUGAAAUAUCCAGAUUUUUGGUAACGUUUUAAAAUCCUAAAUAAUUCAAAUCUGAACUCUAAAUUUCCAAAUGGUGGAUGCACUGAUAUAGAAACCUGUAAUUUGUCUUAAAUGAUACAGGAUACAUUUGACUGAACAUGCAGGGUCCUAGAUUUGGAGUGUCUUUCCUCUGUUGUGUAAAUGCUAUGUCCGCAUUACUGCUCUACAAGUAGAAAUAUGGCAUUGACCAGAGUAGAAAAGGGAAAUCACAUCUUUGUGCCUCAUCGUAAGAACAGGUAUUCGGAUCCAACGCUGUUGAGAAUGUUAUCACCACAGGGAAGAAGAGCACAGGACUCCAGAGAUGUACAAACGUCCUUUUGGCUAUGGCACAACCGUCCAUAAUAUUAUGAAGCAUUAUGCCAUAAUUGAGGGUUAAUUGUCUUUAAUGAGAUAUGUAACAAUCUUGGGAGAUUCUCUUCCUGAUGGAAUCACAAAUUGAAACAAAGAUUAAAUAGAACUAUGAGCAAAUGCAUAUGAUAUUUUUGUUUUGGCCAUUGUAAUUAAAAUUAUUCAAUAGAAA